GCACAAAUGACGACGUAUAUGGUAGCAAUCUGAACUGCAUUUCCGCCACAAUUCAACAUGAUGCAACCAUUAUUAAGAAAUACAUUUGCAUAUGCUUCUAGCCGAUCCGCGAUAAGUAGAUGUGGGACGCUGAAAUUAAGUGUCCGCCUGCUCUCGAGCAGCUACACCAAUCUGAAGAUAUGUCGGUACCGUGAACUGGUUGCUGACACCCCAAUGGUGGAUCUGACGCAUUUAGUUGCGAAAGAUGCCAACUCUGAAUUGGCGAACAGUAAUGUCCGCGUGUUUGCGAAGGUUGAGUUUCUGAAUCCAGGAUUUUCUAUAAAGGAUCGCAUUGUGCAGAACAUCCUUAAUAAAGCAGAAGAUGAGGGGAAAUUAAAGAAAGGUAUGAUUGCAGUGGCCGCGUCGUCUGGCAAUACUGGUGCGUCAACCGCCAUGAUGUGUGCUAUGCGUGGUUACGAGUGCAUCAUCACUACCAGUCCGAAGUGUAGCAAAGAGAAAAUGGAUGCCAUCAAGGCCUAUGGGGCUAAACUUCUCGUUUCAGAGCCCGGUGUGGAGGAGGGUGACCCAAAACACUACAUAGAGAUGGCCAGACUUAUGGCACUUGAGGACCCAGAGCUUUACUUCGAUAUCGACCAGUACGAUACUCUCAGUAAUCCAGAGGGCCACUUCCUGACCCUUGGUCCCGAGAUUUGGCAGCAAACUAACGGAUUAGUAACCCACUUUGUAGCCGCAGGCAGUACUGGAGGAACGAUAUCGGGAACUGCAAAAUAUCUGAAGCAGCAGAAUCCCGAGGUGAAAGCUGUACUAGCUGACCCCGUGGGCUCGAUUUUUACAGAGUACUUUAAAAAGGGUAGCUACGGGAAGCCCAAAGAUUUUCUGGUGGAGGGUGUCGGCAAAGGAACCAUUCCUGGGGCGAUGAACUUCGAUAUAAUUGACGACGUUAUACCCGUGAAUGAUCAGGAAGCGUUCGACACGUGCUUCAGACUUUCACGCAAGGAGGGGAUCUGCGCAGGUGGCAGUUCAGGGCUGAAUGUAUUUGCGUCACUCCAGCUAGCUGCGUCUUUAGACCCAAAUACACCCGCUGUCAUUGUUACUGUACUGCCGGAUUUGGGUGUGAAGUAUUUGAGUAAAUUUUACAAUGAUGAGUGGCUGACAGAAAAUGGCUUAAAACCACCAUCCGCCGGCCAAAUAUAGAAGAGUGCAUCUAGAAGAAUUGGCGCUGAGGGGUAUCUUUCAUACAGGAAGGUAGUAUGACACUUCAUACUCGAUUUGCUGCGCUGUACGUGGAUGAGAAGGAUGCGUGUUGAUCACCGGUAAUACCUGGCUUGCAAUGGGUCACAAGGGUACCUCUCGGUCACUUAUAUGGGAUGGACGGAUAUAUGUGUUGAACCUAACAUCGUUAAAGGCAACACUUUUACAUAAUGUGCAUGUACGGAUGUACAUCUGAUCACGGUUACAUACAUAUAUGAGUGUAUAUACACGUCUCUACCAAUACAAACACAAUUGUUUGCAGAAAUGUAUUGUAGAAUGUAUUCUUACGGUUGGAGGAUCGCUCAACGCUCACUUAUAUUAUGUUAGCGCGUUGAAACAAUCUUAUACUAUAUCUUGGGAAGUGCUAUUGAAUUCCUUAUGCAGAAAAAUCUUGAGAUUAAUCCCACAUACAUGGUCAUUAAUAACCUUGGCAAAAGUUCGAAGCAUAAAAGAACGAGGUUGGUGUCAUAUACCAGAAGACCAGGAGCACUUGUUUUAAUCAGUCAAUGUGUUCUUAAUGUCGAAAUGGAAAUAAAGGUUCUCCUCGGUUGAUUUAGUACUCUUUAUUGCUCACCAUGCACAUUGUAAAAGUAACAACUAA